CAUCCAUCCUCGAUAACAUUCAAACUUCACACCGUGAUUGGCUCUCAGCAUACACAUUCAGCAAGCAAACCCAUUCAGCAAGAAUACAUCAUACACCAUGAGCUCCCCCACAGUGGUUCUCGUUACCGGCGUCGGUAGAGGUAUUGGAAAGGCCUUGGCCGCCACCUACCUCGCCAAACCAAACCACAUCGUCAUUGGCUCGGUCCGUGACCCUAAGGGUGCACAGGCUGCACAGGCGAAGAGCCUGCCCGCAGCAAGUGGCUCUCGCUUGAUCGUGGUUGGCAUCGAGGCCACCGACUUCACUUCUCCCAAGAAGGCCAUCGAAGAAGCCGCGGCCGCAGGUGUCGACCACAUUGACAUUGUCAUUGCCAGUUCAGGUGUCUCCAUUGGUGGAGGUCCUCUUGAGUCUGCCGACCCAAAGGCCUUCACUGAGAGCUUCAACAUCAACGCUGUGGGCCCCUUGGCACUCUACCAAGCAGCACACCCACUUCUGGUCAAGUCUAGCGCGCCGAAGUGGGUUUCCAUCUCCACCCGUAUCGCUUCGACGGCCGCCCCUCUUCCUUUCUAUCCAUACGCGGCCGCCUAUGGUGUCUCCAAGGCCGCCCUGAACUGGUUCACUAAGACUCUCAGCGUGGGCAACCCGUCUCUCAUCGCCUUCGCGGUCCACCCAGGAUUCGUCGCCACCGACAUGGGAAUCGGAGCUGCUACCGGUGCUGGCAUUGCACUUCCUGAGACAUCCAGCGAACAGAGCGCCAAGAACAUCAUCGCUCUGAUCGACCCUGCGACUGUCGAGAGCACAUCUGGAAAAUUCUUCGACGUGGACACUCGCGAGGAGAUCCCGUGGUAGACGCAAAACCUCCUCGAUUUGCAUAGAGUAAACACUGCGAUAACAUGAAUGAAUUGAAAUUUGGAACUUCCCGA